AUGAGUUUAGAAAUUGCUGCCCCAGUCCUCAAGGAACUCAAUGCCAAAUUUCAAGCCGGUGACCUUGCCGGAGGGAAAGAAUGUCUCUCCAAGCUAAAGAUUAUGAUGUUGAACUUUCCUGUUGAAUCGGAAGCACAUAACAUAGUCGCUGCCGAAACACUGGAAUUGGGGGUCUUGUUCACAGUGGCCGACGGUGAUUUUGAUGCUUUUGGGCGGAACGUUGCUCAGUUGAAGCCAUACUAUGCUCUCCUCAAGACUACGGCACGCAAAUGCCACAUUCUGGGGCUCAAUUUGAUGCAUUUGUUGGUGGACAACCGAUUGUCCGAAUUUCAUGCAGAGUUGGAACUAUUGACAGAGGAGGAAGCAUCCAACGCUUUUGUUUCAUUUCCUAUCAAUCUUGAACGACAGCUGAUGGUCGGAAUAUAUGACGAGGUUUUGAACGUAAAGGUCCCUGAUGCAUCAUAUCAAUUCUUUGUUGACAAUUUGCUACAAACUGUCAGAGAUAGUAUAGCAGACUGCAUGGAGGUAUCCUACCAAUCCAUGACGCUUGAAGAUGCCAUGAUAAUGAUGAAAUUCGACGCGCAACAAGAAUUGAUGGACUAUAUUGAGGAAUGCCGUGAUGAUUGGAUUGUUGAAAACCACGCGAUAACUUUCCAAUUGCCACCCUCUGGAUCCAAGGUCAGUGAUAUCCCCUCGAUGGAACUCAUUUCCCAAAAUCUAAGUUACGCCACAGAAAUGGAGAGAAUCGUUUAA